AUUAAAACAAUGAUGUCCAAACAAUGAAAUCUGAAAUUGUUGAGAAUUCUUAUCGCAAUGAUGAAAUAAUACUACCGAACUAUGAAUUCCAAUAUUCCUACCAUCGUCUAUCCUCAAGCAAUCGCAACAUUUUCAAUCGUUGCCAUGGCAGGAUAUCAAAGUGUCAAAAAUUUAAUUUAUAAUAAAAGACGCAUUUCUUCAAUUAAAUCAAUUCAAAAAUGGAUUCGGGAACAUUACAAUACAAAUACGCAAGAUGAGUCGGUAACAGAUACAAAUAUUCAAAAACAUUGUCUUCAUCAGAAUAUUCAGAGAUACGAAUCAAAAAUAUCACAACAUAGAAUGAAAGAAAUUUCAGCUUUAUUGAUUCAAAUUUGGUGGAAAACUAAAUAUACUAACAAACAGAUUAUGCAAAUUAUGAAGUAUGUUGAAAGCCAACGAAAUUCUAUAAUUUCUUCAAAUAUCUUAAAGUUAAAAGAGUUUAUAAUAGAAAAUAUCUUGAAAAUUUUUUGGAGAUUGUUUUCUAGACAACAGAAGGAAGAGAAUGAAAGUGUUCAGAAAAUUACUCAUGAUGCAGAUAUUUGCUGGGAAGAAAUGUUAUCUUGUAAGCAUCACGGAGAAGUUUUUGACAAUUUGGUUAUCAUUCAAGCUAGAUUAAAAGGAUUAAUGGAGAGGAUAAGAUUUAUAAAGAUUUGUAAAAUUCAAGAGAAUGAUCAAAUUACAGCAAAAAUUAAUCUCUGGUGGGAUAAACUUCUGGAAUAUAAGUACAGGAAACCAAUGUUUAACAGUUUAAUUUGUAUACAAGCAUUUGUAAUAGGAUUCAUAAAAAAUUUGCAAUUAAUAAAGAAAGUUAAUAAAGUUGAAAAGGAAAUGGCAGCUUUACAUAUUCAGAAGUUUUGGAAACACUUUCAACUAAGAAAGAAUGGAUGCCAGAUUUCAGUGAGAAUUACAUUAGAAUUGCAAAAUUGUCUUCACAAAGGGAUAACCCACACCGAAUUGCCCCUUGACCUACUUAGGCGACCCCGCACCUCUGACUUUUGGCGUGUUCUUUUGUCUCAAGUCAGUCGUGCGUUAGCUGUUGUAACACUUAGACCUGGAGGCACACGUUACGUUUGUAACACUAGUUAA